AUGAAUGUGACCCUCGCUGGAAAACUGCCCAUUGAACUGAUCGCCAUUGGUGGACAAUCGCGAAUCAAUUAUGCACAGCUGACGUAUUGUGGCCCGGCAAUGACAGUGGCCGUCGAUGAUGUAAACGCCUUGUACAAUGACACGCUAAACUUUACUUUGAAAUAUCUUUUCGAUGAUAUGCCAUGGACCAGGAUGAUCACGCACGAAUUCACCGGGCGGAUGGCCGCGGACUGGUAUUACCGUAAACGCGACCCAUCGGCCAUAAACGCUGUGCUACUCCCGGGAUCCGAAGAAAUUUAUCGGAUCUACUUCAAUGAAAUGAAAAAGGACUCCACGACGAUUGGGCAAGGACAAAUCAUGCCCAAGCACACAGUUAUGAACGAUUUGGGGUCGGAUGGAAAGGAUCAUCCGUACCAGGAUGGUGCGUAUUUGGCAAAACAGUUCCUUAACCGCACUUUCGAUCGUAACAGUAGCCAGAUCUACGUGGAUAGCAACGGAAGCAGGCAAGUCGAUUUAUACAUGUGGAGAUUUGAUGGAAAGUUUGGAAACGGCACGCAGCAGGCUUUUUUAUACAAGCGUGCGGCGGGAAACCCACCAUUGAUUCAGUUAUAUGAUCUGCCGCUCUGGGCAGGUGGCGGUACAUGGCCGCCGCUGAACGCACCGAAGUGUGGAUACAACAGUGAGCACGGUUGUCGAUUAAAUGUUUCAGCAAGUUCAGUUACUUCACUGUCGGUAUCGGGAGUUUUGGUCAUUUGCGCGAUUACAGUUUGUUUGGCCGUUUGGUUUGCCAAACGAUCGAGUGCGAUGGCGUUGAAAUCCUGGUGGAAAAUCAAUGAAUCCGAUCUAGAGUUUUCUAUACGCUAUUCGGCUUACGAAGAUGGGGUUCCGCCAACCAAAUCUCAGGCUUCUUAUUCGGCGGCUUGCAAGUACGAAUACAUUUCCGCCAGAUGCAAAGGACUCGACGUUACUAUUGAAGUGAUGACAGUAGACUCAGACGGAAGCUUGAUCGACCGCAUCGCAAGCACUAAGGCGUUUUUGCAUUUUAUGGAAAAGUUGCGAACCUUGAGCCAUUCCCAUGUUGCACGAUUUCACGGGAUCACUAUGCUCGGAAAAUGCAGGAGCAACCUGAUUGGCGUUAUCACUGAGCGUGCUGGACGGGGAUGUUUGUACGACAUAUUCGAAGGACUGAUUAGCCUUGACCUGUCAUUAAUCAGCUCUUUAGUCAACGAUUUUUUUCUGGGUGUGCAGUUCGUACACGCAACAUCGCUGGAAUACCAUGGCUGUUUGUGCGGUUAUCACUGCCACGUUGAUAAGCACUUCACGCUUAAAAUCAGCGGACUGAUUAACUCCCGGUUGGAAAGCAGUAUUAGCAGCUUUCACGGAAACCACCUUCAUGGAGGCAUUUGCCGGCAGCUGUGGAGGAAAGAGAACGCCUUUUCCGUGGAACAAAAGCAGAAAGUCGAUGUCUACGCCGUCUGCGUAGUGCUCUGGGAAUUGCUGACAAUGCAGAAAUUUACCAGCAUCGAUGAAUGCCACAAAUCCUGUCCAGAAUUCCUUCAAGCGUAUCUGCACAUUUUCAACAUUUGUUGGCAGGACAGCAUAAUGUCAAGACCAUCGAUUAAACAGUUGCGGGGAAAACUAGCAGAAAAGUCGGAAAUCUUUUCAACGUCCAGUGGUAGUACGAAUUUCAUCGACAAAGUGCAGAAUCGGCUAAGUGAUUACACACACGAACUGGAGUACGAGGUCAAUCUGCGGACGAAAAUUUUGAUGGAAGAAAUGGCCAGAUGCAACGACUUGGUGGCACAACUGCUUCCCCAAUGGGUUGCCAGCACGAUUCGCGCCGGCAAAACCGUACCGGCGGAGCACUUUGAAUGCGUAUCAGUCAUGUUUACGCAGUUAUGCGGCUUUUCGGAACUGGUGCAACGGAGCUCACCGAAAGUACUGAUGGAUGCGAUCGGCCAGAUUGAAAGCCACAUGGACAGGGUGAUUGGUCUCUUUUCCAACGAUGUUUACAAGGUUGAGGUCGUGGAGGAUUGUUACUUGCUUGUCAGUGGAUUAAAGGCUGAAAGCGGAGAUCGUCAUGUGCAGGUGAUGGCCAACCUGGCUCUAAAGAUCUUACAGACCGCACCAACAUUUUGUGUUGAAACGAAUUUCCAGUGGCUCCAGUUUAAAUCAGGAAUUCAUUCCGGUUCCUGCGCUGCUGGAAUUGUCGGAUUUCGGCGUUUGCGAUACUGUCUAUUCGGUGAUACGGUGAAUACUGCGUCCAGGAUGUGCACUUCGGGAAUGCCGAAUCGCACACAGAUCAGCGAUUUCAUUGCAACUCUGCUAGAGGAUACGAAUCGGUUUGACAUUGAAUACCGAGGAGUCAUUUCAGUCAAGGGGAAGGAGCACAUGAAAACCUAUUGGCUAAACAAUCUUUUUCUCAACAACCACACCAGACAUCAACGACAGAACCACAAAUCCUACUUGGAUUUCCGUCGGACGCGUCAAUUAUCCCGCUAUGAAUCUCCUCUUCUGCGAGAUAUUGCUUAG